GCUCAGGUCAUUGUUGUGGUAACGCCGCUGCUGCUGCUGUUACUGCUGCUGCUGCUGCUGUUACUGCUGCUGCUGGACGUAACAAUAUUACACUACCAUCAUUGUGUUAAUGUUGAGGCACAAUGGCAGAUGGAAUGCUCUCUUUGUCAUGGAACAACCACAGCUCUACAUUCAGCCACAUGCUCUCUUCAUUACGAGAUAUGGAGAGAUACACUGAUGUAACAAUUGCUUGUGAAGGAAAAUUUUAUCCCACACACAAGUUAGUGCUAUCAACAUGUAGUGAGUAUUUUCAAAAGAUGUUUGAAAGAACUCCAUGUAAACAUCCAAUCAUUGUUAUGAAGGAUGUGGAAUGUAGAGACAUUGAGGCACUUCUCAGUUAUAUGUAUGCAGGAGUUGUGAGUGUGGCUCAGAAUGACUUGGCUCAGUUGAUCAAGGCUGCUGAAUUAUUACAAAUAAAGGGAUUGGCUGUUCCUGAUGAACCUCCGACAACUGGCAGUAAAAAGUCUGGACAUGUUCGAGGUUCAACUGAUGAUAGAAGCAGUCCACAUCCAAAGAGGCAAAGAAGAGAAAAUAGUAAAAGUCCGUCCCAGUGUGAAAGACAGUCCUUACGUUCCACUAUGCCAUCACCUCGCUCUUCCCCAUUUAACAAUAAAGACAGUGAAUACUUGCAGGAACAAACUGCUACAAAUAGGCACCAUAAUAAAACAAAUCAAAGGGUAGAUGAAAAGCAUGAUCAAAAAAUAGAGAAACAAGGAGAUAGAAGUGGACUAGAUCAACAGCCAGAGCAACACCAAGAUCAAGAGAUGGAACAAAGAUUAGAAUGUCUACCAGUUACAAAGGAAUCACCAGAGGCUCAAGCUGAGGUGUGUAUUGUACAGGUACAGUACAUGCAAACUGUAACAGACAUGAAAUUCGGUUAAAUUGUAAAAUGCAGUUCAGUUCUCGUAUAACAAGAAUGUAUAAAAUAUUAAAGUAUGUGAUAAAAAGAUUCUCUAUAAAUUGUAUACCGCUAAUGUUAUUUAAAUUUGUUUUGGUAUAGUUAGGUAUACGGUGUAGGCUAAGUUCAGUUAUAUAUAGAUAUACUUUCCUCUUUCUUUUUGGGCCACCCUGCCUUGUAUAUAUAUAUCUUUCUUUCUUUCAAUGCACCAGCCGUAUCCCACUGAGGUGGGGUGGCCCAAAAGGAAAAACGAAAGUUUCUCCUUUUAAAUUUUGUAAUAUAUACAGAAGGGGUUACUAGCCCCUUGCUCCCGGCAUUUUAGUCGCCUCUUGCGACACGCAUGGCUUACAGAGGAAGAAUUCUGUUCCACUUCCCUAUGGAUAAAAAUAAAAAAUAAAAAAUAAAAAAAAUAAAAAUAAAAAAAUAAUAGAAAAAUAAAAAAUAAUUAAAAAUAAUUAA